CAAUUUCAAUUAUACAACUAUACAAGUACCUGAAAAAGUCAACAAAGGGACUCAUAAAGGAUUGAGACAUGCUUAAUUAGUUCUUGUUCAUCCAUUUUAUUGCUUAUUGGAGCCAAUAAUUAAUCAAAUCACAAGUUACUAUGGAGGAAAUACCAGAAAUUGAAGGAAUUCGAUCAACUUCGUUAAGGAUCAAUGAUUGUCCAUCACCAUUACCAUCCGCUAUUACUACUUCUGCUACUCCUCAAAAACACUUAAAAUGCUUUAUGAGCGUACAUUUCGUGCAAAAGUUGAUAGCAGAGUUCGUGGGAACCUACAUGUUGAUAUUUGCUGGUUGUGCUGCUAUAAUUUUGAAUAUAAACAAGAACAACGUUGUCACACUACCUGGAAUCGCGUCUGUUUGGGGACUUGUUGUCAUGGUUUUAAUUUACUCUGUUGGACAUGUCUCCGGUGCACAUUUUAACCCUGCUGUAACAAUUGCAUUUGCCACAAGCAAAAUGUUUCCAUGGAUUCAGGUUCCAGCUUAUAUUUUGGUACAAGUCGUGGGAUCCAUUCUCGCGAGUGGAUCCCUUCGACUAAUAUUUAAUGGCAAAGAAGAUCAAUUUGUAGGAACAGUUCCAGCAGGAACAAAUUUACAAGCUUUGAUACUUGAGUUUAUUGCCACAUUUUACCUAAUGUUUGUCAUUGCUGGUGUUGCUACUGAUGAUCGAGCUAUGAAACAUUUAUCUGGUGUUGCAAUUGGAGCCACUGUUUCACUUGAUAUAUUGUUCUCUGGACCACUAACAGGGGCAUCAAUGAACCCAGCAAGAAGUUUGGGACCAGCAAUUGUUACAGGUCAUUACAAAGGGUUAUGGAUUUACAUUAUUGGGCCAACUUUGGGGGCCAUUUUUGGUGCUUGGACUUAUAAUCUUAUGAGACUCAAAAAUAAGUCUUGGGGUGAAGCUGUGAAAGAGCUUUCACAUUCACAAAAAGCUAUAGAAGUGUCCUCCAAAGACAAAGUUAUAUGCAAUUGUGGUGAAGGGUGGUCAUGUGUUGUCUCCAAGACUGAAGAAGCAGAAGUAGGCAACAUUUUCUUUGAAUGUGCUGAAGGUUGUCUUUGUAUUGUUGAUGAAACAAAUACUCUAAAAAAACAUGUAUAUGUAUAUGAAAAGACUAAAAGAAGAAAGAGUUACAAAAUGCAUAUUUAAAGGGCUUCAAAUCAUCAUUGUAACACAAAGUGGGAUUAUUAUUACUGUAUAAUAAUACAACGAUGACAACGAUAUACUCAGUUUAGCCCCACAAAGUGGAAUUAGUAAACCCUGAAAAAGGCAUGUUUCUGCUAUCUAUGUGUUGUUACCCCCACAAAGCAAGUGAUCGACAAGAUCUCCGUUA